UCCACCUUGAAAUCCCACGACACGAAGCAUAAGAAGAAACCCUCGCAGCCUCCCUCUCCUUUUACUUUCCAAAUAAGUUUCCCAUUAUAGAUACUUUUAUAUGCCUGAGAGAAGUCUGAGGCGCAGAGCUCCGGCGACGGGUUCCCGGAGGAGCAGGCCACCGAACCCGUCUCCGUCGCCGCGGAGGAGAAGCCCGCCGCCCCGGAGAUCGGCCAAGCAGGCUUCGAAGCCCAUUAAGAUUUUGAAGCGCAGCUCUUCGGAGCCGAUGUUUUUGGGUAGUAGUGUCGGUGUUAGCAACAGCAUCAGCGACGACGAUCUGAGUCUGCGGUCGGAGGGCGGUGGCGUCGGGGUUCUUUUUAGGCCUCAGACAUGCACGGACGUGUUUGCUUCGUCGCCUUCGCUGUUGGGUUUCUCUCCUUCGAGCCAAGAGGGAUACAAGAAAGAUGCAAAGGUGGUGGUUAAUGUGACUGUUGAAGGAAGUCCGGGACCAGUCCGGACCAUGGUUAAAUUGGGGGCUAGUGUGGAGGAUACCAUUAAGCUUGUUGUAGACAGAUAUAGCGAAGAAGGGCGGACUCCUAAGCUUGGCAAGGAUGUAGCACCCUCAUUUGAGUUGCAUCACUCCUAUUUCAGCCUUCAAAGUUUGGAUAAGUCAGAAUUAAUUGGGGAUGUUGGUAGCAGAAACUUUUAUCUUCGAAAGAGUGGUAGCAGUCGUAGUAGUGGUGGAGGUUCUCCUUACGCUUCAGAAAUCGUUCCGGCAAGAGAUAGCUCUCCGCCACCCAUUCCACCCCCGGCAUUUUUACUCCCAGCGUUCAUCGCCCGAAAGAUCAGUAAAAUUGUUAGAAGAACCCGUAGGCUUUGGAAACUCAUAAUCUGCAGUCAAUGAGGAUGACCAAACCCCAUAUCCAUUGUUUGAGUAACACAACUUAUUAUUUAUGUUGCUCUCAACAACAGACGAUUUUUGUGUCUGAUUUGUUCACCCUUUUCCUAAAUGGAAAUUCCCCCAUUUGGUUGCUCAAUCAUUUUCUAUGUAAAUUGCUGUAAAUAUACCCCAAUUGAAAGUUCAAAUCACAAAAUGAAUAUUCAAUUGUUCAACAUUGGAUUCUUCUCUUUGAGAUGCAAUAUAGAUUUUCACAUACAAGUUGGAUGCUA